AUGUCUAGAAGACCCCUUCACAAACACAGCGUGAACGUGCUCACCGAUACUCCAAAGGCACACUCCAAGAUCACCACACCCCCUAGAUCGGUCCACCUCAAAAGGAACCACACUGUUCUUGAAACGCCUGUCCGCCCAGAUUCCCAUACCCAGGGCUUGUCCAUGAAUAACGUGCUUUUGCUGCCGGCGUUUUCGUCGCCUCAGCCGCCACAACCACCCAUUUUUGACCACCAACUGCUGCUGUCUCUGUUAGCAACGUCCGAUGCCAGCAACACGUCUUUGGCGCCACCUCCACCGUUUGCUUCCACGUUCCCACAGAGCCAGAAUUCGUUUGGAAGCUCGUUUGGCAGUGUUUUCGAAGGCCCAGCGCCGCCAGCUCCAAAGAAGAAACUGAGGCCCAAGAAGCCCAGAAGAGAGGCCGCCGACACGUGUUUUUCCAUCGAUAGCCAUGAAAAACCUCCAUAUUCGUAUGCCACGCUCAUAGGUAUGUCCAUUCUUUCCCACCCAGCCAAGCAGCUCACGCUUUCCCAGAUCUACACCUGGAUCUCUGAAACCUUCAAGUACUACCGCCGUGAGGACGUAGGCUGGCAGAACUCCAUCCGUCACAACUUGUCGCUUAAUAAGGCCUUCGUCAAAGGUAUGAAGUCCAAGGACGGCAAGGGCCACUUCUGGUGCAUCAAGCCCGAGUGCGAGGACCUCUUCCUCAAGGCCAAGAACAACAAGAAGAGUUCUUACCACGAGGUGAUGGACCAAUUGGCCGUGGCACGUCGCCGCAACUCAGUGGCCUCGAUCCCUCUGUCGCCCACUGCCGAAGAAGACAGGCGGAAGAACGAGGAACCGGCCGCUAAGAGGCUCAAGACCGAAGACCCACCCUCCAACUCGCCUUUGGAGAACAACCUCCUCAGGACUCCGGUGGUGAAGGCCCAGCAGGAUCAGGACAAGCCUAUCUUGGCCGAGAAGCACAUGGCCUUCACGUCUAGCUUCAGCUGCAACCUGAACUUCGAGCUUCUGCCCGCCCACCCAAUGGAAACUGGACCGCUCCUCGAGCCUCUCACACCAGCAGCCAUCACCAACGUUGUACUCCAGCAGACUGGCUCUGCCUCGAACGUGCAGCUUCCGUCCAUCACUCUCAACAGAGUGGCUCCCCCACAUAUUCCCCAGCUACAGCCUUCCAUGCAAAACACCACCACUCCUCGAACCGCUGGCUCGGCUCGUACACCCAUUGCAGCCAUCAAGACGCCUCUUCGGACGUUGAAGACGCCUCUGGGCAGCACCUUGGUCCGCAAACUCUGGCAGUCUCCUUCCUACCUCGAAGAGUUCUAUCACUCGCCUUUCGGAACCGGCAGAGCAUUGCUUAACUCAUACGAUGACGACGACAUGCUCAUGCGAGCAUUUGACAGCCCAGCCACGUCGCGAGACGGCCGGGUGAAUCUCAUCAACGAGUUGAAGCGUGCUGACGACGAUGAAAAACGUGCCGAGGCGCCUUCGAGCGAUGCCACCGAUAUUGAUGGCGAUGACGAGUAA